UCUUUUAUUUUGUUUUCCCCUUUUAGCCCCUCCUACUUCUCGAUGUCAAAUUCCUUUCUUUCUUUCUUUUUCUCCUUUCUCUCUUUUGUGGUCUAAAGACUCCAAGAAUUGUUUCUACUACACAAGAAAAAUAGCAAAAACAAUUUUAGAAAAACCUUAGUUACAAAUUAGAUUGGUAACGAAUUGGGUGAUUAGUAAUGCUACUUCUUGAUUUUCUUGUUUCUUUUUUUCUUUUGAUAAGCAAUUCUUGUAGUAUUCAUGGCCGUUUCUUGAAGUAUUUGUAAAAUUUGAGUGUUAAUGAUUCUUUAUAGUAUAGCAGCAUUAGCAUUUUGAAGGUUUUUUUUCCUUAAUAUUUGCAAAGAUUCAGGUAGAAUGAGGGAUAAGAAAUGAUGGUAAAAUGAAUAACAUUUCACUAGUGAUUCUUGUAGUGUAGAAUCUGAGUGAUCUGCAGGGUUCAUGCAAACAUGAAGAGGACAAUGCCAUGGAAUGAACAGAUUGAUGUUAUAUCAUCAGAUGAAUCUACUUCCUCUGAUGGUGAUAUGGAGACUGAUGUUGUACUUGAUGGACACAAGCCGUCCCCUAGGAUUACCAUCAGUCAAUCCCUUAAAGAAAUUACAUCUGAAGAUGUGCUGAUCAGAAGAGCUGAAAUGUAUCAAGAUUACAUGAGGCAGCUUCCUAUUCCUGUGCAUCAUGGCUCCGUCAUUCCAUUUUCUUCAUGGGUGGGAUUAGGGAAAUCGAUUAAGCAAUUAUAUGGGCAGCCCUUGCAUUACCUCACCAACAUUCUUCUAAAACAGUGGGAUCAACUGAGGUUUGACAAUGGAGAUGAACAAAAAUCCUUGGAUAUCGUGAUUCAUCCUUGUAAGGCUGAAGCCUCAGUCUGGCUUGUUGAAGAAAUUCACAGGUGUACCUCAUCUCCUCACUAUGUGGCUAAACUCUGGCUGUUGGACCCCAUGCACCAUGCUUUUGUCGACUCCAUUUUCCCACCACUAUGAAGCAAUUAUCUGGACUAGCAGCCGGUGGUCAAUCACCUAAGCUGAUUUUGUACGAUGCUUUUAGAUUUCUCAGAUAUAUGAACUUGCAAGUGUAUAGUCUUUUUUUUUUUUUUUUAUGGAAAAGAAACUCCUGUUCUGCCA